GCUUGUAACACUAUUCACGGCCAGUACCGGGAACAGUGCGGCUAUGUUUAACCUUAUUGUUGGCUUUCGUGAGAAUUCGGAAAUCUAGCGCAUUUAAUUCCCAGCUAUCGGACCAUCUAUGGGGUGAUGCGUUAAACUUUUAAAUGGUAUAGAGUCAGCUGAGAGCCAUGGGACUGCUAGAUAAACUGUCUGGCUGGCUUGGCCUAAAGAAGAAAGAAGUCAACGUUUUGUGUUUGGGACUUGACAACAGCGGCAAAACUACCAUCAUCAACCAGCUCAAACCGGCUAAUCAUUCCAAUCAUUUAGGCCCAUUGUCAGAAGAGUGGAAACAUGUUAGUCAGACGCAGGCGCAAGAAAUAGUCCCAACUAUCGGCUUCAACAUUGAAAAGUUCAAGAGUUCAAGCUUGUCGUUCACAGUCUUUGAUAUGUCCGGGCAGAGCAGAUACAGAAACCUAUGGGAGCAUUAUUACAAAGAGAGCCAUGCCAUCAUCUUUGUCAUUGACAGUGGUGACAGGCUAAGAAUGGUUGUUGCUAAGGAGGAGCUAGAUACUCUUCUCAACCACGAGGACAUUCGCAGCAAAAAGUUACCAGUGUUGUUCUUUGCUAACAAGAUGGACGUGCGGGACGCGAUGUCUUCGGUCAAGGUGUCACAGAUGUUGAGUUUGGAGAACAUCAAAGACAAGCCUUGGCACAUCUGCGCCAGCAACGCUGUCAAAGGAGAGGGCCUCCAAGAAGGACUGGACUGGCUACAAGAACAAAUUGCACAAUCAUAUCAAAACAAUGAACACAUGAAUGACUGAAAUGCUCAUGGCCAUGGACAGAGGGACUGGAUCUCAUUCAGAGGGUUCAUCACCCUUGAUGUUGUAGGCCUUAAUCAUCAAUGUCAAAUAGCCUAGUACUGCAUACGGCACCUUUAAGACUGUAUUUACCUUGAAAAAAAAUCUCUAUAUAUUUCUAAAUAGUCCAACUCAUUGAUGACUAUGGUGUAAAGUGAAUAUGUAAAGUGCUUCUCCAUAUAUACACAGAUAUGAAUGCUGUCUGAACAUAAACUCAUUGUUUCUGUAUACAUUAACAUUCAAACGUUUUUUAUUUGAAGCAGCUUCUUUUUUAUUCUGUGACACAUGCUUUAUUAAUUUCAUCCGUUGAAUUAUUUAUUAAUUAUUAUUAUACUUUUUUUUGAAAAUGCUGUCAACGCAGAAUAUUCUGCUGUCUGGAGAUUAAUAAAUGCCUAUUAUAUGA